UUCUUGAUUCGAACUUAGUUUAUUCCAUCCAAAUCAGAUUUGAACAGCUUCGAUCCAGUCCAGUACUAUUCGAGAAAGAAGACAGAAGGUCAUCACCAAAUAAGAAAGUAAACAAAAUCCCAGAAUUUUAUCCUUAAUUUUUCUGUUACGGCAAAUUUUCGUCACUGCUGAUUCAGAUCAGGCUAAUUCAAACAAGAAUACGAAACCAAAACGACAUAAAAAAACUAUAUCCUGCAACUAUAAAUAGAAAAAACGAUCAUCAUGUUUCAGCAUCUCAGAGAUAAAAAAGGAAAAGAGUAAAGGAAUAAGGGCGAUAAUGGCAGUCGGUGCAGAAGUGAUUGAGAAUAAGCAAGUGAUAUUGAAGCAGCUUAUAAAUGGAGCUCCGAAAGAAUCUGACAUGGAGCUGAAAACAAGCUCUAUAUCUUUGAAAGUGGAAGAAGGAUCGAAGGCUGUUGUUGUGAAGAAUCUUUACUUGUCUGUUGAACCUUAUGUGAAACUCCGGAUGAAGAAGUUUGAGCAUCCUGAUUUCUCUUCUUUUACUUCUGGAUCUGCAAUGGAUGGGUUUGGAGUGGCCAAAGUUGUGGAUUCAGGGCAUCCGAAAUUUCAGAAAGGAGACUUAGUUUGGGGAAUAGUUGGAUGGGAAGAAUACAGUGUGAUUAAGAAUCCUGACAGCUUUUUCAAAAUCCAUUAUACUGAUGUUCCCUUGUCCUACUAUACUGGACUUCUUGGUAUGCCUGGAAUGACGGCUUGGGCGGGUCUUCAUAAAAUAGCCGCUCCUAACAAAGGAGAAUAUGUGUACAUUUCAGGAGCAUCAGGUGCUGUUGGUCAGCUUGUUGGGCAGUUUGCUAAGUUACUGGGCUGCUAUGUUGUUGGAAGUGCUGGAAGUAAAGAAAAGGUUGAAAAUUUGAAGAAUAAGUUGGGAUUUGAUGACGCUUUCAACUAUAAGGAGGAAAAAGACUUGGAUGCAGCUUUGAAAAGGUGCUUUCCUGAAGGCAUUGACAUUUACUUCGAAAACGUCGGGGGGAAAAUGCUGGAUGCAGUGCUUCUAAACAUGAAACUUAAUAGUCGAAUUGUGGUGUGUGGAAUGAGCGCAGAGCACAAUCUCAAAGAGCCUGAAGGUGCUCAGAAUCUGAGAUUAAUCGUUCAUAAGCGGAUUCGGAUGCAAGGAUUCGUGGUCUUUGAUUAUUUUCCUCAAUACUCAGAGUUUUUGGAUGAUGUGCUGCCUCUGAUCCGAGAAGGGAGGAUUGUUUAUCAUGAAGACAUUUCUGAAGGCCUUGAAAAUGCUCCUGCUGCUGUUGCAGGCCUGGAAAAUGUUUGGAAACAAGUAGUUUUAGUUUCCAGGGAGUAAUCUUAUUCAAGCCUUCUGUAAAUUGUAUCAUUUUUGUUUCCCAGCCCUUGUGUUGUAUUCCACUUCUAAUAAUAAUAAUAAUAAUAAAAAUAAUGUUAUCUGUA